AUGUCGGACGCUCAGACGAAGAAGUUUGGAAAGGGCGAGCGGACGGUCCCUCACCACAGCCAGAAGGCUCAGAAGUGGUAUCCCGUGGACGAUGAGUCGCAACCAAAGAAAUCGAACGCGCUCUCCGGUCUUGACAAGGCCGAUCAUGGUGGAAGAGAGGAGAUUCGCCUUUUGCGACUUCGCAAUGGUGUAUAUCUGCAAGCAAAGAUUGAACGCCGCACCAACCACACCGUCCGCAAGACCGUCCGCCCCGCCAAGCCUCGCGAGAGCCUCCAGCCUGGUGCUAUCCUGAUCCUCUUGGCUGGUCGUUUCCGUGGCAAGCGCGUUGUCCUCCUCAAGCACUUGCCUCAGGGCGUGCUCCUCGUCACAGGUCCCUUUAAGAUCAACGGUGUUCCUCUCCGACGAGUGAACGCUCGCUACGUGAUUGCUACCAGCGGCAAGGUUGACCUCAGCGGUGUCGAUGCCGCUACCCUCGAGAAGGUGUCUGCUCCCGAAUACUUCACCAAGGAGAAGGCCAAGGAGAAGAAGACCGAGGAGGCUUUCUUCAAGCAAGGAGAGAAGCCAGAGAAGAAGAAGAUCACCAGUGCUCGCGCUGCCGACCAGAAGGCCGUUGACCAGUCUAUCUUGGCCAACAUCAAGAAGGAACACCUCCUCGCCAGCUACCUUGCCACCAGCUUCAGCCUCCGGAAAGGCGACAAGCCUCACGAGAUGAAGUGGUAA